CCGUAAAAAUUUAAAAGGAGUUUUGUUAAAAAAAAAGGAAGAAAGGAGAAAUUAGUAACGGUUAGAUUUUAAUAAAUUUUAGAAAAAAGGAAAUAACUAGUACGUUUAUGAUUAGGUCAUGAGAAAAGCAAAAAGGAAACAACUAUAUUAACGGCUGGAUAUUUGACUAAAAGGAAAUAACCAAUAAGAUGAUCAUGUAUUCAAAAAAGGAAAUAAUAUCCAUUGCAAAACAAUAAUCGAAUUUUGAAAACGAAAAAGGAAAUAGAGAGGGUCCCAUUUAACAACCUAUAUAUAAACACACCGAGUCUCCUACAGAAAUAGAUUUUCACAUAGACACUCUCUUCUCUACAAAUCCGCGAUUUAGGGUUUCUUUUUCGGCAUUGAUUUUUCUUCAUUCUUCUUCUUUAUCUUUACUCUCUCACUCUCUGUUUCAAAUCCAAAGCCUAGGGUUUUGCAAUGACGACAGCAACAAGUCUGGGUCGUGACCCGUUGUUCUUGUCCUCUUCCUUGUCAAAAUCUGAUCGUGCGGCAGCGAUAAAGAUUAGGUUUGCAGAUAUAAUUGUCAAGUCGAGUAGUAACAAGUCUGAGGCUAUGAUGACGAUCAGAAGAGAGAAGAGACUUCUUCAGGAAAGGCAGCUUGAAGAAAAAGCCAUGAUCGAGGAAAGGAUGAAAGUCAGACAAGAGGAAAGACUUGCGAUAAUCAAGAGGGAAGAAGAAGAAGAAGCAAGAUCAUCAAACUCUGAUUGGUCUUGUAAAAGUAGAAGAUCCAAGGCUAGGCUUUCCAUCGACCUACAAACAGCAGAGGUAUCAACAUAAUUGUAUAUACUUCUGUUUUGUGUCAGGAUGAAUUUCUAACAGUUUAAGAAGAUUCAUAUGGUAACCUCUGGUAGUAUGGUUGUUUCUUUCAGUGAUAGUCGCAGGUUGUGGCCCAUGGAAUGGAAGCUUCAUUGUGCAAAGGCUAGUCUUGUUUUCAAAUAGCAGAAUAUCUAAUUUCUCUCAGCGUAAUCGCCAUCAGAGUACAUUCCCUUGGAUCCUGAGAAAAGGUCGCUUCCUUAAGGGUUGUAUUGAUGAUACUUGUGUAAUGAUUAUUGAAGGAUCAAUUGGCGGUGUCUGCCAAGGCGGAGGCUAGUUCCAUAAGUUACAUAAUUGCUCAGAAUAUUGUUUAAUAUUGCCUCACCGUUAACCAAAGUCCCAGUUUAUGCCCAAAUUCUAGAUGCAUGCUUUCAAUACUUUUGUGGUUUUUGGGCCAAACUUUUUCAAGAUUUGAUUGAAUCUGUAACGCCAUAACCAUCCAUGUUUCAAAGGUUCAAAUCAUUGUUUACUGCUUUUGUAAUCACCUCAUGAUAUUUUUUCGUGUGUUGGCCUCACAUGGUAUCGCGAAUCACUUACUAUAGACCAUCCCAACUUGAAGAACUUUACUAUUUUAUUGUUUUACAAUGAGUUAAUUUCUUUUUUUGAAGAUGUGAUAUUUUGUCAGUGUAUUGCUUAUUUCCUUCUUUGUUUUCUAAAAUCCAACCGUUGAUAACUGGUUCCUCUAUGUUGGUUUUAAGAAGAACUAACAAGUGAAGAUAUCUUUUAUAAAAACAGAACUAACAAGUGAAGACAUCACAACAAAAGAAACGUUCAAUAUGUAUCCAAAUAAUCAGUUCGGAAUUAAUGAGACCCCUGAGGCCUAAAAAGAUUCUAUAAUAUCCCAGUUUGGUGAAACUAAUGAAAUUCGUGAGGCCAAAUCAAUUUUCUUAAGUCUUUUUAUAUAUCACAAACCCGGAUAUUAUAGAAUCUUUCUAAGCCUCACUGGGUCUCAUUAAUUUCGAACUGAUUAUUUGGAUACAUAUUGAAGGUUUCUUUUGUUGUGAUGUCUUUACUUGUUAGUUCUGUUUUUAUGAAAGCUAUCUUCACUUGUUAGUUCUUAAAACCAACAUAGAGGAACUAGUUAUCAACGGUUGGAUUUUAGAAAACGAAGAAGGAAAUAAGCAAUACACUAACAAACUAUCACGUCUUCAAAAAAGGAAGUUAACUCAUCGUAAAACAAUAAAAUAGUAAAGUUAAAAUUGGGAUGGUCUCUUCUUUGGAGAUUAUACAACCGUAAAUAAUUGUGUAUUUCCUUUUUUCCACCUUUUUCUAAAUAUCAUUGAUUUAUUUGUUUCCUUUUUUUUUAAAUUAGAUGAUUUAUUUUAUUUUGUUUUAUUUUACUUUCAAGAACGAAUGAAUAUAUGACAAAUAAAAUAAAUGAAAUUUAACAUGAUUUAUUGAAUUUGAUAAAUAUAUAUUAUAACAGAAUUUCAUACUAAUUGAUAAAGUAUAUUUCCGAAAAAAAUUUGAAAAUAUGUUUUUCUGUUUUUGGAUUUAGCUAUUUAGCUAAAUUCUCUCUCUCAAGUCUUGUAUUAUUAAGUUGUUUUAAUUAGUUCAAAGUGUCCAUAUUUGGGUUCUAGUUGUCCAAUUUAUAGAUUUAUGUUUCUC